AUGUUUCUCUUUUAUUCUUCUUUUGCAGCAGCAUGGUGGAAUGAGCCCCACAUGGCUGUGGUGAGAAUUGCAGAGAGAAUGAUUACUAAACAACAAAAAGAUUGGAUGAACGUUUUAUUCAGUAUGUGGCCAUCUGAAGCGGAUACUAUGGUCUCUGCUUCAACAUGGCAUGAUGAAAUCCCUGAAAACAGUGCACAGGUCAGUAUAAUGAAGAAUUGGCACUUCGCUGACAAACCAAUUUUAGCUCCUGGCUUUGAGUAUGAAUAUCAACCAACAUACAAUGUUACAUCAGUCGUAUCUGACUCAAUGAACGCACUUUUCAACCCAACAACAAAAAGUUUAUACGCAUAUCAUUUUCUUUUUAGAAAUCUCGUUCAUUUCAUUGGAGACAUCCAUACACCUUGUCACACAGCUGCCUACUAUAGUCCUAAGUUCGAAGAAGGCGACAGAGGAGGCAACAGUUUGAAAAUUAACUGUAAAUACGGUGAACCAUGCAAACAACUUCAUAAAAUGUGGGAUUCCGGUGUCCUUAAUUUCCAGCAUAUGUACUUAGAUACUAAUGAACUUUUGGAUGAAUUUGAACACAAUAUUUCUCAUAUAAUGCAAAUGCACCCAGAAAGUUCACUUCCUACUGUUAAAUCAUUAAAUGCAUAUCUCUGGUUCAAUGAGACAUACGACGUUGCUGUCAAUUACGCUUACGGAAUGCUAAAAGACUUAAAUAACUCAGAACUCGACAAAUACGACUUGAUGCCAAACUACAUCUCUAAGGGAGCAAUGGCGGCUGAGAUACAAAUCGUAAAAGCAGGCUACAGACUUGCUUACGUGAUUCAGGAAUUUUUCAAAGUUCAUUCACCAGAAGAUCCAAGAAUUUUCACUUCUGCGAAGGUCCCUGCUCGAGAGAUUAUACUCUGGGUCAUUGAUUCAAUCGUAAUCCUUGUAGUUAUUGUUUAUACGAUUUUACUUCUCGCAAAAUGCGAAUUUAAGUGGUCACCCAAGUUUAAGGUUGACGAACAAUCAGCUUUGACUGAUACUCCUAUCUAUACUUAA